AUGGCCGCAGAUUUGCCUUGGAACGAAGAUUGGCGGAGAGGCGAGCGAGGCGUGAUGUGCACGAAGAAUGGGCGGGAAGGUGGGAGAAAACGUAAACGUUGCGCAAAUCGGUUAAAGGCUGAAGUUUAUGCAAGAAAAAUGCGAGACUAUAAGAACGAAAAUGCUAUGUCGUUAACGAAAGAUUUACUUUGCGUCGUUACAAUCGUUUCUGCUCCCGUAUGAUAAACGGGCCACGUUCACAAGUAGUAGUGUAUACUUUUAAGCGUUUUGGAGCACCGUGAUUGUAUUAUUAUUGUGAUUAUUUUCCAUUGAUAAUCAACUUUAAUAAAGAAUUUUUUUUUUUCUUCUAUCCCCGUGGGUUUUUCGAUUAUAGACGCGACAAGCGUUUAUACCGUAACAGCUAUUAUUAUAUAGAUAGCCAUGUAGUAAUAGCGCACGAUCGUUUCCGUUCAAUUCGAUUUCGGCCCAGGUUGUUUGUUCGUUUUUUAUCUUCCGGCCGUCCGUCCUCGGGCCGAUAUUAAGUAUUUCGCCAGAUAUAGGCCGAAAAGGUUUCGACCGGAAUCCUCCGCGAACUGCAGUACACCUGAUGCCCGAAUCCGCAAUGAAUAUACGCGCACGGGCUACGGCACGGCCCCGCAGCCUUUUGUUUUCCGGGGAAUAA